AACACACCUUAGGUCAGAUUGGUUGCAUUUCUCAACGCGUAUUUCACUACAUUAAAAUCACAAUUGCAGGAAAAUCUGCGGAAAAGUGAACAAAACGCACAAUCACACCACAAAGAAAUAACUUUACAGAAAACAAUAGUUUUUGAUAAAGGGAGAAUUUAAUUCGCACAUAUAAUAGCAUUUAACUAAACAUUAUUAGUUGUUUAUCACGUUCAAUAUAUAUAUAUAUAUAUAUCUCGAUUACGAGUGGAAGAAUUUUUAGUUCGCCGCCACUACUAAUAUGCAAGCCAUUAAGUGCGUCGUGGUAGGUGAUGGCGCGGUUGGUAAGACCUGCUUGCUUAUUAGCUACACAACGAAUGCCUUUCCUGGCGAGUACAUCCCCACUGUGUUCGAUAAUUACUCAGCAAAUGUUAUGGUUGAUGCGAAACCUAUUAACCUCGGUCUAUGGGAUACAGCCGGACAGGAAGAUUACGAUCGAUUACGCCCGUUAUCAUACCCGCAAACGGAUGUUUUCCUUAUCUGCUUUUCGCUGGUCAAUCCAGCGUCAUUUGAAAAUGUACGCGCUAAGUGGUAUCCGGAAGUGCGUCAUCAUUGCCCAAACACGCCCAUCAUACUAGUAGGAACAAAAUUGGACUUGCGUGACGAUAAAAAUACCAUUGAAAAACUACGUGACAAAAAAUUAGCACCAAUUACUUACCCUCAGGGAUUGUCUAUGGCUAAAGAAAUUGGUGCUGUUAAAUACUUGGAGUGCUCAGCACUUACACAAAAAGGUCUUAAGACAGUAUUCGAUGAGGCCAUUCGCUCCGUUCUUUGUCCAGUACUACAACCCAAAUCGAAACGUAAAUGUACGUUACUCUAAUUUGCCGCUAAUCGCAGCCGUGCGUCGUCCAAUAGACGUAACAAUCCGAGUGGAAGGCAAAACAAUUGAAGUUAAAAACGAGAAAACGCCCAUCGCUUGUAAACAAAAUCGAAAACAAAGAGAGAUAUCAAAACUAACCAAAAAUAAUAGAAAUUAACUUUGUAUACCAAGCCCUCGAUGUUGCUGCGGUUUGUGAAUGGUCAAUCUUGUUCAUAAUCAACUAUUAAAGAACUAUUUAAUAGGUGCAAAAUACCAUCAAGUGGUGGAUGUUAAAUUUCGUCGUCAUUAUCGUAUAUAAAAUUCUUCACUAAUCUAGAUUCUAGAGUAAGAAUGAAGUUAUUUGUAGAAUAAUUGAAGCAGAUGCCAUCUUUGCUCCAUAUACUUUCGCAAUGUUACAUUAUCAGCGCGAAUGACUAAUUGCAUUAAUUUGAUAUAUGUAUGUAUAUUUUGCCCUAUAUUAAAGCGGGUUGAAUAACCAAAGGUAAACGCAGACUAUAUUUUUCAAAACAGUGUAUACAUUAGCUAGGUGAGCGCAGUCAAUGUACCAAGACACCAGUUUUGAAUUAGGCACUCACUCAAAAUUUUUUGCAAAUAGAAUUAUUCUUCUCUGCUAUUUUCGUGGGCGAUUAGUAUUAUAUAAAACUUUUAUUGUUUAAUAAAUAAACUUUUUAAACUUCGUUUUUUGUAAAUGUUCCAUUGUGCAUUAAUUUGAAACUAAAAGUUUUGAUGUCUAUUUAAAAGUAAAAAUAAUGGCUAUAAACGAUGACACAUUAUUAAAUCAAAUAAUAAAACGAGCGUUAUUUAAUGAAAUAUGAAAUAAAGAAACUGAGAAUCAAAUAAUGAAAAAAUGAAAAAAAAAAAAUUAUAAAAAGAAAUGCAUAAGUGGAAGAUGAUUUACGAAAAAAUCGAUAAUUGAAUUACACGAGAAAAUGUAUUAGAGCAGUUCAUAUAGUAUAAUAUAAAGGCAUCUAACCAAAAAUUAACUACGAUUCAAUAAAUAUUAUAUAAAACUUAAUAAAACUCACGCAUACUCAAAGCCAAUUAAAUGUUUGCAAAUUGUCUCUAUAAUGUACUGUAGAUGUAUUAAAACCAAAAAUAUAUAUGUAGAUGCUGAUACGAGAUCUUAAAAUCACAGGUGAUUAAAUAUCCUUGAAAUUUUACGAUUUUUUAAGCGCUUAAAUAAUUUGUAAAACAUGUAAAUGUAAAAAAGUGCAUGUAUGGAAAUAUAUAAAAUUAAGUACGAAUCAUACGUAAAUAAAAAAGCAACCUUCAUGCAAAUAUAAUUUUUACUUCUACUAUAAAAGGAUUACUUGAUGUUAAUUUCAUUACAGAUUAAUGGAAUUAAUAAAAAAUAACAGUGUAUGUCUAUGAGAAAAAACAA